AUGGUUGGACAGAAUCACAGAGCCCUGAAGAUGAGCAGACAGGAUGGUAUCCGUACCGCGGACUGGGGUGUUCCCGACUGCAACAUGAGCCACACAAAGUCAUCAAGUGUAGUUGGACAGGAUCAGAAAAUGCUGCAGAGAAGAGAGAGAGAAGAGAGAGAGAAGAGAGAGAGAAGAGAGAGAGAAGCGAGAGAGAAGCGAGAGAGAAGCGAGAGAGAAGCGAGAGAGAAGCGAGAGAGAAGAGAGAGAGAAAAGAAGAGAGAGAGAGAAAAGAGAGAGAGAAAAAGAGAGAUUGAGAGAAAAGAGAGAUUGAGAGAAAAGAGAGAUUGAGAGAAAAGAGAGAUUGAGAUAAAAGAGAGAUUGAGAGAAAAGAGAGACGAUAGAGAAGAAGAGACGAUAGAGAAGAAGAGACGAUAG